GGCGUGUAACGUGUAAGAUAGCAAUAUACUCAAACUCUCCCAGCCACGAUAUAUUGAUAAAACCUAGGGAAAAGAUGGAUCAAACGGGUGAUUCGUGAGCCGAAUAGUGAACUGGUUCACUACUGCAGGGUCUGUUCUCUUUUUCGUUCUGGAAUUCUGUAUCACUGCUAGAGUAGAACCCAUCGAAAAGUCUCUCUCUCUCUCUCUCUCUCUCUGCAACCGGGAACGACCAACUCACAGUUCCUUCCUCUUACCUCUUUUUAACCUUGUGUGCUGUAAGUUGGGCGAUCUUGGUCACUUCAGUUGCUGUCCCCGUCGGCGCUACCUGAAAAAAUCUCUCGGGGUUAUUCUUUUACGUUUCUUUAAUUUUGUCUUCGGAAAAUCUUUGAGGUGAGGUUAAAUAUAUAGGUAUCAGAAAUUCUUUCACUUCGUUGAUCGUCUAUCCCUGCAUCCAAUUCUCUACUAUUCAUCGAAUUGAAUCGUGGAAUUGCGUUUGUGAUUUGUAAAUUUGGAAGCUGGGAAAUGGAGCCAGAGGUCAUAGAAGCAAACAUUCUGUUGCCUCAGCAUCUUAGCUUCAAGAAGGUACAAAUGUGGGAGAAGUACCCAAAAGGGCAUGCGAGAGGCAGACAUUGGAAGCAUUUGAAGCAGAUUCUUCAAGCUGAAAAUUACCAGACUUUUCUUUUUAAUGAACCCAAUUAUGUUAAUAUUGAGUCACCACCCUCAAUAUAUCCAUCUAAGAAAUUCUGUGAUAUCACAGGGUUUGAGGCACCUUAUGUUGACCCAAGGACAAACCUCCGUUAUGCAAAUGCUGAUGUCUUCAAGCUAAUAAGAUCACUUCCCAGUGAGUAUGUUCAAAGGUACCUGGCUCUCAGAAAUGCUGCAGUUGUUCUGAGGUAGAUUGAGGGCAUUGGGAAAAAUUUGGGGUUUUCCAAAUCUCUUUCGUGGAGAUCUGAUGGAGGCUAUUCUGUAAGGAUGGUUCUGAAUCAUCCAAAAUCCCUUUGCUGUAAAGUAAUACCAAACUAUGCAAAAUGAAAGAAAAGGUAUGCUGUGAAAGACCAAAAGAAUGACCGAAGUUCUUGUUUCAAAUGUGUUAAUGAAACAUUGUGCAGAUUUUGUCCUCCUGAA